AUGGGACCUAUUUCUGUCGCCUUCGAGCUUUGCGAGAACAACGUCAUUAAAUGGUCGUUAGUAUUCGUUACAGUUCCCAUAGGAUCCAUCCGCGUCAGACUGAGAACUAGCGCUGGAAUUGGUUUUCUGCACACCGCCCCCAUUGACGUAAACAACAGAAUGAUGGAGGAAUACAUGAGAAGUAAACAAACCUAUCAUAUGAUAGAGACCUAA